CCAGCCACACAGACCAGCGUCUACAACAGCAGGACAAACUUCAGCACAGACUUGUCUUCUGUAACAGCAGCUCCACACAUUAUCCUCCAGAUUCGGAUUAGGAGCAGAGUUCUUCUGGAAGCCCGCGAACAUGGAUGAUCUAGACGCAUUGCUUGCAGAUCUGGAGUCUUCCACCGCCCAUAUCUCCAAGUGCCCAGUGUUUCUGCCUGAGGAGACGCCGUAUUCGUACCCCAGCGGAGGUCAGCUGUUUCAGGAUGACUCUCCUCCUCCACCGCUGCCUCCUCCACCUUCAGCUGAAGCCCUGAACGGAUCUCUCUCCCCACGGCCGGACUCGCAGCAGUCUCUGGGCUCUGUUCAAAAAAGUACAUUGUCUCGGGACAGCAGUCCACCAGCCUCUCGUACGGAAGAAGACCACGUUUACAGUUUUCCCAACAAGCAGAAGCACUCAGACUCCUCAGCCACAGCCAUGACUUCCGCCUUGGGUAGCAACCUGUCUGAACUAGACCGCCUUCUUCUGGAACUCAAUGCUGUACAGCAAAAUGCCCCAUCUUACUCCACUACAGAAGAUGCUGCACCUCCAUUGCCGCCUUGCAGUGUUGCCCACUAUAUCCAGGAGAAUGGAGCCCACCCAGGCAUCACACUGACACCGGCAGCCCAGGACAAGCCUCAGAGGAAUGGAACAAAGGGGACAGAUGAUGGGCGUCCCACUGUGGAAAGUCUUCUGAAUGAGUUGGAGAGCUCUGUGCCUUCCACAACACCCAGCCCAUGUGCAUUGACAAGCGAUUUGACUGAGGGCCAGUUGGACGCACCUUCCGAGCAGCAGGGCAGAAUUUCAGCAACCUCUGCCACACGAGAACUUGAUGAGCUCAUGGCCUGCCUGUCAGACUUUAAGGUGCAGAGCAAUAUCAUGGCCCAGGGCAAGGGCCCGCACGGACAGGCUAACAAACUAGACAACAUGCUGGGGAGUCUUCAAUCUGACCUCCACAAGCUGGGAGUGCAAACGGUUGCCAAAGGAGUUUGUGGUGCCUGCAGCAAACCCAUAGUUGGCCAGGUGGUAACUGCCAUGGGGCGCACAUGGCAUCCUGAGCAUUUCGUGUGCACACAUUGUCAGGAGGAGAUUGGUUCCAAAAACUUCUUUGAGAGGGAAGGACAGCCAUAUUGCGAGAGGGAUUAUCACCAUUUAUUCUCUCCAAGAUGCUACUACUGUAACGGACCCAUCCUGGACAAAGUGGUAACGGCGUUAGACAGGACGUGGCAUCCUGAACACUUUUUCUGUGCCCAGUGCGGGGCGUUCUUUGGUCCUGAAGGAUUUCAUGAGAAGGAUGGGAAGGCAUAUUGCCGUAAAGACUAUUUCGACCUGUUCGCUCCUAAAUGUGGCGGCUGUGCUCGUGCCAUCCUGGAGAACUACAUCUCUGCCCUGAGCUCUCUCUGGCAUCCAGAGUGUUUUGUGUGCAGGGAGUGUUUCACGCCCUUCGUCAACGGCAGUUUCUUCGAGCAUGACGGUCAGCCAUACUGUGAGGUUCAUUAUCACGCCCGGCGCGGCUCGCUGUGCUCCGGCUGUCAGAAGCCCAUCACGGGCCGCUGUAUCACAGCUAUGGGCAAGAAGUUUCACCCUGAGCAUUUCGUCUGUGCCUUCUGCCUCAAGCAGCUCAACAAGGGCACCUUUAAAGAGCAGAACGACAAGCCGUACUGCCAGGGCUGCUUCAUCAAGCUCUUCAGCUAGACGUGUGCCUGAGCGAAUGAGUGUGUGAGAUUUUGCGUGUUGUAUUGUUUGCCUGUUUUAUGUGUGUUUGAUAUUCAGGUCUGACUCUCGACAUCCCACAUGACGUUGCUGGUCGGGUUGAAAUGAUGGUGCCGUGCAGAGCUGUAGUGAUAAAUCGAUGCAUUGUGAGUUCUGAGAUUUUUCCAAAUGCAUUGCGAUUCUCUCUUGAAUGGAUUCAGAGCUUAGUUUAUAACAGUAGAUGGCUAUGUGUGAUUCACAAACUGCCGUACUCUGCUUGCUUCUAAUUCCAUACACAUACCACUCGAUCACAGUAAGUAUGUUCAUAGUAAGCUGUUUUUACAUUAAUAAAUUUUUAUAUAGCAUAAAAGCUGAUGUGUAUAAUUUUCCACACACCGAAUGCAGCACAGGAUGACUUUUAGAAUCAUAAACACAGUUUUCAAUGAGGACACCGGCGCCACCAUUCGACAUCUGUUGUGUUGCUUAUUAACAUAUAGACAACUAUGUAAAGAUGUAACGUACCAUGGCCGGUAUGUGACCUGCUUUGCAGUACGUGAUUUAGCUGUAUGCAUAAAUGCUUUUCUUUAUGAACAUUUGGUCUAUGGUGUAAAAAUGUUCAUAAAAAUAUCACAACCUGCUAUUAAAAACUAGCUUAGAGCACCACCUUCUGUUUAAAACUAGCCUAAAGUGCCAUUUGUUGUCAGAAACUAACCUUGUGCGCCAUCUGCUGUAAAAAAUUUGCCUAAAGUGCCAUCUGCUAGCUUAAAACACCACCUGCUAUUAAAAAACUAGCCUAGUGCAUCCAUGCUGUUAAAAACUAGCCUAGAAUGCCAUCUGCUGUUUAAAACUGACCUAUAGUGCCAUCUGCUGUUAAAAACUAGCCUAGAAUGCCAUCUGCUGUUUAAAACUAACCUAUAGUGCCAUCUGCUGUUAAAAACUAGCCUAGAAUGCCAUCUGCUGUUUAAAACUAACCUAUAGUGCCAUCUGCUGGUAAAAACUAGCCUAGAGCGCUAUCAGCUAACUAGACUAGAAUGCCAUCUGCUAUUUAAAACUAACCUAGAGCGCCAUCUGCUGUUAAAAACUAGCCUAGAACGCCAUCUGCUAUUUAAAACUAACCUACAGUGCCAACUGCUAGUAAAAACUAGCCUAGAGCCCUAUCAACUAACUAAACUAGAAUGCCAUCUGCUGGUUAAAACUAGCCUAGAGCGCUAUCAGCUGGUAAAAAACUAGCGUAGUAUGCUAUCUGCUGCUAGAGCAUAGAGCCUAGAGUGCUAUUAGUCAGUAAAAAACUAGCCCAGAGUGCUAUCAGCUGUUAAAAACUAGCCUAGAGCAUCAUCAGCUAGCUAGCUUAGAAUGCCAUCUGCUAUUUAAGACUAACCUAUAGUGUCAUCUGCUGGUAAAAACUAGUCUAGAGCAUCAUCAGCUAACUAGCCUAGAGCGCCAUGAGCUGGUAAAAACUAGCCUAGAGCACCAUCAGCUGGUAAAACUAGCCUAGAGCGACAUCAUCUGGUAAAAACUAGCCUAGAGCGCUAUCAGCUGGUAAAAACUAGCCUAGAGUGCCAUCAGCAUCAUCAGCUAGCUAGUCUGAUCAUCCAUGAAGUAAACUAGCCUAGAUCAUCCAUGCUGUUUAAAACUAGCCUAGAGUGCUAUCAACUAACUAACCUAAAAUGUCCUCUGCUGGUAAAAGCUAGCCUAGAGCACCAUCAGCUAAGUAACCUUGAAUUCCAACUGCUGCUUUAAACUAGCCUAGAGCACCGUCUGAUGUUUUAAACUACCCUAGAGCACCACCUCCUGUUGGAUACCACCCUAGAGCACCAUCUGCUGUUAGAAACUAAUCUCAGAAUUGAUUCCAGAGAGAACUGUGUUGCAUUCAGAAAAUCUAAGCAGUGAUACACAUGUCUUGCCUUGAUUUAUCUCCACAGCUCCAGUGUCGUGGUUCAGUAGGUGCUCUCGAAAGCCAGGUUGUUUUUAGAGGGUGAGGAAAGUUCAGCUGAUGUUUGAGCUGGGGUUUUGGAGAAAGUGUGUGAAAAUGUUUUCUGCUCACUGGUUGAGCUGAAGUGAAGAUGUUUGAUGAAGAAAAGGGUUCAGAGGGGUUGAUGGGAAAUGUGUGCAGCAUGAGACACAAUCAACAGAGAUUAACGAUCUGGAAAUUAACAGAAUAACCAAUUGAAGAAUGUCAUGAACAAAUGUGCAGGUCAUAUAUCAGCCGCAAAUCAACAGGAUGAAAAAGAAAUUAUAAACAUCUAGUCAAAAACAUAUUUUAGUAUUAUUAUCAUUAUUUAUUUAUUUUUUCAUCAUUCAUUCAUUCAUUCAGUCAUUUUUCUCCGGCUUUGUCUCUAUUUUAGAGGUCGUCACAGUGGAAUGAACCACCAACUAUUCCUGCAUAUGUUUUUUUUUUUACGCAGCGGAUGCCUUUCCAGCCGCAACCCGGUACUGGGAAACACCCAUACACUCACAUUCACACACACACUCAUACACUAUGGACAGUUUAGCUCAUUUAAUUCCCCUAUAGCGCAUGUAACACAGGGAGAACAUGCAAACUCCACACAGAAAUGCCAACCGGCCCAGCCGAGACUCGAACCAGCGACUUUCUUGCUGUGAGGCGACAGUGCUAACCACUGAGCCACAGUGCUGCCUUUAUUCAUAUUUUAUAUAUCAUUUUUAUUUGAUGUUAUAAUUAUUGUUUCAAUAUUCAAGUUUAUUUGUAUAGUGCUUUUUACAAUAUAGUUCUAAAAUACUUCUUUAAAACUAAGUCGUUAUUUGAUUAUAAUAUAUUCUGUUCUUACACUACAAGUCAAAAGUCUUGUCGCCUAUCCAAGUUUUAGGAACAACAAAUAAUAACUCGACUUCUAGUUGAUCAUUUGGUAUCAGAAGUGGCUUAUAUGAAAGGCAAAGGCCUCUAGAUUACACUUAUUUGACCAAAAUAAAAUAUGAUCAUGCCUUGAUUUUUCAUUAUUUAAUUAGGACAGUAAGGUCUGACUUUGCUUAGACCAGAGAUGUCCAAAGUAGGGCCCACGGGCCAAAGUUGGCCCAUUGUAACCUUUGGCCCAUUGUAACCAUUGAUUUGGCCCACCAACCCUUCUGAGAAUAAUAGAGAGGGUUGGGGCAAUGCCUUCAACAGAGAUCAUCAUUUCUAAUUGGACCUAACAUUUUUUGUUUAUUUGUUUGUUUGUUUUGUUUUGCUACAAAACAGCAAAUUGAAAUUACAUGUUUUAAUUAAAUAUAAAUGAAUCUCUGAGUUUUUAAAGUGUAAGCGCUGUCACUCGACAAAAAGAGGACUAUGUAGAAGACAUCAGCGAGCAAAUCAAGGCAAAAACUAGUAUAACUCCAUUUUGUUAAAUUAGAUUUUUUUGUUUUUACAGUAAUAAGUUUGUUAUAAAAUGUUAUAUAUAUAUAUUAGUUCUAUAUUAGUAAUAUACUGUAUUAGUUCAUAUAAAGCAAUGUUUUUUUUUUUAGGUAUUUUUAUAUAUUAUUGAAUAAAUUAGGAAAUUACCUAUGGCAACUAUUUUUACCUUAGGCCCACUAGCCUUAAUAAAGUUUGGUUUUUGGCCCUUCAUAAGAAAAGGUUUGGGCACCCCUGGCUUAGACAAAAGUCUCGUCACUGAACAGAAAUAAUGUCCAGUAUAGAAUAUAAAGUCAUGCUGCAGUGGAAACAGAAUGAAUAUUGUGUCUGACUCCAUCAUGAGCUUGGAGGACUGCAUCCAUACAUCUCUGCAAUGACUCAAAUCACUGAUUAAUAAAGUCAUCUGGAAUGGCAAAGAAAGCGUUCUUGCAGGACUCCCAGAGUUCAUCAAGAUUCUUUGCAUUCAUUUUCAAUUCCUCCUCCAUCUUACCCCAAACAUGCUCAAUAAUGUUCAUUUCUGGUGACUGGGCUGGCCAAUCCUGGAGCACAUUGUCCUUCUUUGCUUUCAGGAACUUUGAUGUGGAGGCUGAAGUAUGAGAAGGAGCGCUAUCCUGCUGAAGAAUUUACCCCUUUUUUGUAGUUUCUAAUGUAAUGGGCAGCACAAAUGUCUUGAUACCUCAGGCUGUUGAUGUUGCCAUCCACUCUGCAGAUCUGUCACAAGCCCCCAUACUGAAUGUAACCCCAAACCAUGAUUUUUCCUUCACCAAACUUGACUGAUUUCUGUGAGAAUCUUGGCUCCAUGCGGGUUUAAUAAGUCUUCUGCAGUAUUUGUGAUGAUUGGGAUGCAGCUCAACAGAUGAUUCAGAAAACCUUCUGCCACUUUUCCAAAUGAUCAAUUAGAAGUCAAGUUAUUGUUUGUUGCUCUUACAACUGGGAUCAACAAUAAGACUUUUGUCAGGUAGUGUAUAUAGUGGCGAAAUAUGACCUGCACACGUUUUUGACAGACUCGUAAGGUUUAACUUGUCAUGAAAAAAAAUCCAUUUGCUGCAUUUUGAUCAUGAUGGCAUUGAAUGUCACCUCAGUGAAUUGCACAUCUCAGUGCCUUGUUUUGUAAUACAAAAUCAACUGAAUGGAAAAGACACAAAGUAUACCAAACACAUAAUUUUACAUACAAGAUAUAUCAUUUCUAAUCUACGCUGAAGUGCUUGAGAUCCUCCUGAACUCUAUUUAAUCACUUCUAUAAUCUGGAUUGAAUGUAAUUUACCGUUAAUCCAGCCUGAUCUCACGAGAAAACGUAAGUACUUUACGUUUUGUCAGUUUAGUGGCUAAUUCGUACGAAUUUGUACGAGUUCAGUUGUACGAAAUUGUACAAUUUUAAAAAGGAGGCGUGGCACCUAACCCCACCCCUAAACCCAACCGUCAUUGGGGGAUGAGCAAAUCGUACUAAAUUGUACGAAUUAGAUCGUGCGAAUUAGCCACUAAAUCAAAAAGUUACGAAUUGCCGUGAGAUUGUGUUGAUUAAUCGCUCACUUCUGUGUGUACUCCGGGACGUUUCUGCAUAAGAGUGUAUUUUAUUAAAGGAAUAUAUGGGGUUAAAUGCGACCUAUAAGCUUCACGAAAAAUAUUGUUUAGUUUUUUUAGCUUGUUCAAUCAAAGGAAAAAAACUAUAACCAUGAUAUGACUUCCACUGUACACACAUUUACUUUCUUUUUAUACUCCAAACUAUUCUCUUUAAUGAAAACCGAGCUGACGUUUUGUAUUAUUAUUAUUUAACCCAGAAUAUUCCUGUCAUUUGGGAAAUGUUGUAUGCUAAAUAUAUAUGUAUUUGGGAGUUAUUCAGUAGAUGGUUAUUAGAAUACAUAACCACAUCAUCAAAGAUGGGAUAUUGUUCAAAUAAACAAACCAAUGUGACGAUAUUGUGCAAUUAUUAAAAAUCAAUUGAAGUAUCACAGUUUAUAGGGGAUUGAUCAGAAAUAUUAUACCUUUCUAAUAUUAUAACUGCUGUAUAUGAUAUUACAAUAUACUAUAUAUUUUUUUUUUGCAUGGAAGUCUUAAAGGAGACCUAUUAUGCCCCUAUUUACAAGAUGUAAAAUAAGUCUCUGAUGUCUCUAGAGCAGGGGUGGGCAAACUCAGUCCUGGAGGGCCGGUGUCCUGCACAGUUUAGCUCCAACUCUGAUCAAACACACCUGCUUAUAGAUAAUUAGAGAUCUUGGAGACACUGAUUAGCAUGUUCAGGUGUGUUUGAUUAGAGUUGAAGCUAAAUUAUGCUGGACACCGGCCCUCCAGGACCGAGUUUGCCCACCCCUGCCCUAGAGUGUGUGUGUGAAGUUUCAGCUCAAUAUACCACUUAAGUAAUGUUUUUCUAUCUCUUUGAAACUGACCCUCUUAUGCUGUGUUCACACCAGACGUGGCAUGUGCGAAUAAGUCGCGCUAUUCCUGUGUAAAUAGAUGCGUGAACAUUUUGAGUUUACUCACUUCAUUCACGUGUCAAAUUCAGUUCACAAUAGACACAGAUUUGCAUCAUGGGCAGGGCUGUCCGGUGACUCUAGCUUUGUUGCUAAAUGGCUAACGUGGAUUUUAUUGAGAUAGUAGCUGUGCUUUAGGAAGGCUGAAAAACAGCGUCAAUUCGUUUGGCGUCCACUAGAUUCUGAUUUCAGAGGUGCGUCCAGCUCUGCUAAAGGGUUGGGCGAUGUCGAUCAAUUUGGCAUCGUAUGAUGUCUAAUGUGAAAUAUCGCGAUAGACGAUGGCAUUGUUGGCGGUGAAUUAAUUAUUUAUGAAUAAUUCAUUAACUCAUAUUGAAUUAAUUAUUUGUAGCCUACCAUUUCAUCUUUCUGACCCACAUGGUCUUUGUUUUACCCAUAACCAAAUCAUAAAUGUACCAGUUGUUAAUAAAAUUACCGGUUGUCAAUCACUUUUUCCGCGGGACUAUGGCAUGAAUAGGCAGAGUGAUCUGUGUCGUUAUAAUAGCGUCCACAAACUUGGUUGGUGCACAAACAACAGGAACCAACCAACAGUAUCUGAGGUUUUAGCUAAAAUUACUAAGUACAAGCGUGAAAGCGAAAGAUUGAAGCAGUGUACUGACGCUGAGACACGUUACCUGAUAGAUUUAAAAGACCGAAGAGUUUAAAUAUCACCUUCAACAACUAUAGUGAGACACGAUCCAGUGGUACAUCCUUGAUAAACUGUCCAACAUGCACUGCUCUCUGGGCUUUUGUGGUCUAAGCACCCGCUGAUUGCUGGAGUUUAGACGCGUGUGUACGCUGCAUCGUAUGCCAGAGUGUGUGUGUGGUUACGUAAUGUGCAUUUUCAGCAGGAUAGUGUGGAAGGAGGGUUGUCAGAAAUGCUAGGUGAAACGCCAGUGAGUAAAAUUCUAUUUUAGAACUAAGACGUAUUAGUGUAAACAGGGCCUAAAUUUUUCACGAGCGGAUUGCUGCUGCGACCGGGGCAGGGUGGAGGAUUGCGAUGUUGGCUCAGCAUUGGGAUGUCUAUCGGCCAUCUGUGAUGGACAAUGGCAGGGGCGUUGUUAUACAUAACGCUCUACUGGGGCACGCACCCCCUAAAAAAAAUUGUUUUUUUUAAAAUAAUAAUAAAAAAAUUUUAAAUAAUAAUAAUAAAUGAUAUUCUAUACUGGACAUUAUUUCUGUUCAGUGACGAGACUUUUGUCUAAGCCAGGGGUGCCCAAACCUUUUCUUAUGAAGGGCCAAAAACCAAACUUUAUUAAGGCUAGUGGACCUAAGGUAAAAAUAGUUGCCAUAGGUAAUAUCCUAAUUUAUUCAAUAAUAUAUAAAAAUACCCGAAAAAAUCAUUGCUUUAUAUGAACAAAUACAUGUAUAUAUAUAUAUAUAUAUA